CUGGCGGCGACUACCUCCUUCGUCCUCACCGUGAACCUCCCCGGGAAGGAGCCGCAGAACGUCGUCUUCUACUUCGCCUCCCCAGAUCAGCUCCUCCAGGGGAGCCUGCUCGAAAAUUUGUUCAACGACGACGAGGAGUACCGGAACCAGCGGUUCAAGAUCGUGAAUCGGAUAGUUAAGAUGGUGGAGAAUCACAGCGCGUGCUUGCUGGGGAAGGCACUCACCUGCAAUUACCACAAGGGGCGAACUAUCUGCAGAUAG